AUGUUGGCCCCAAAAGUGCUGCAAAAUAAGCCACAUCAAGCAAUCAGUUCCAUUAAGGUCAUCAACCACCAUAAGCAGAAAGACCUUCUUGAAGAAUCACAGAGGGAAAGUUUUGGGCUCAACGGAGCAAAGAGGAACAAAAGAAAACCAAAUUCUUACCAUAAAAUCAAGGACGCCGCACUCGCUCUCCUCAACCCCUGGAGCUCGCAGGUCGCGGAGAGGCUGCGGGAGAGUCCGGCGGGGGGACAUCCAGACGUGCCCCGGAUCCGGAACCUCGGAGCCCUCGGAAGCCUUUGCAAGCCAGGAUCUCCUCGGCGGGGGAAGGAAGGAAGGAAGCAGAAGGACCGGCAGGGAUCCGUCCUGCGGCCCCAGAAAUGGUCCCGUGAAGGAAGAGGCCCCCGGAGAUCCCCCCGGAGUCCCCGGAGCCCUUUGGAGCUGCUCUGCCGGGGAGAGAGGAAGGAUGGAGAGACCCCCCCUUUGGCCAAGGAGGGGAGCGGAAAAGGCCCCGCGGCUCUUCAGCCUGGGAGCUGUGGGGAGAGCUGGGCCAGAACCGGGCAGGAGGUCCUGCAGGAGGGAACCCUCCUCCCUCCAGAACUUCCCCCCUGGACCUCCAUCCGAUACCGGGAGGCUGAGGGUCCCCGGGGACUUUGCAGCCGACUCCGUGACUUGUGCAGGCGAUGGCUGAGCCCAGGAAAGCACAGCAAAGCCCAGAUGCUGGACCUGGUGGUUCUGGAGCGGCUCCUGGCUCUCCUGCCCCCAGAGAUGGAGGGCUGGGUGCGGGAGUGUGGAGCAGAGAGCAGCUCCCAGGCGGUGGCCCUGGCGGAAGGCUUCCUGCUGAGCCAGGCGGAGGAGCAGAAGGAGCAGCUCCAGGGGCAGGUGGGAGACUUUAGGGAGCUCGGAAGGGAAUAAAUAGAGAAAGUGUUUGAAUGCUUCACCCCUCCUUCCCAAACUUCUCUUGCAUUCAUAAUAUGAGGCAGUUCUCCACUUCUGGUAGGACGUUGUUCCACUGUUUUCUCACUCACCAAAAGGAAGGAUAUUGGGGGCUUUGAAGUUGUGUUCCGAAUAGAAGAAUCCACUUUGUGUCUUGUGACGUAUAUUAAUUCUGCUUCUUUUUUCCUUCCUCCUAUUUGAAGUGCUGCAGUGUGGAGAUCAGAGAUCCUGAGGGAAAGAAGAACCCAUCAAAUCCCCCUCGGGAGCUAUUUUUCAGGAAGAUCCCUUGGGAAGAUCCAAGACAGGAGAGAAACAAAGAAUGAAGAUUUCUGGUUUUUAUGAGGGAGAUCAAACAGCAGUUGAACCUCCAAAUCAAGAGGGUCUUGUGUCCUUAGAGGAGGUGGCUGUGUAUUUC